AUGUAAACUAACGCAUAAUAUAUUUUUAAAGAUUUGAAACGUGUUAUUGGAUAUGUUUAUGAUUAUAAUGAAAAAAACCUUUAUAUAUAUGGAAGUAGCAUUUAUGUUAUUAAUGCUUAGCUUACUCCUUAGAAAAUUGUAGAUAAAGAUGGAGACUAUAUCAACUAUAUGACUUUAAUAGAUAGACAAAGCUUCGAUUUUACUUAAUUUGAUAUUAGAGUUAGUUCUGGUGUAAUUAUCUAAUUAAUAUACAUCGAAUAGCUAAAUUACAUAUUAUUUAACACAGAUGACAGAUAAGAUUAAAUUUGUAUAUAUGAUGUUUCUACUUAAUAAUAAAUUCUUACUUUAUCUGGAGUUAAAUAAAACUCAUUAGACAAUAAAAAUAUUAUUCAAGUAUAAUAUGAUGAAAGUUCUAUUAGAUAUGUAAUGUUUUUAGAUACAGAAGGAACAUUUUAUCUGUCUUCCAUAGAUCCUAAACUUCCAUUUCAAAGCUUCGUUAAAAUAAGUGAAUUUACUGAUGGAUAAGAAACCAUACAAAAGUUUAGUUAUGACAAUAUAACUAAUGAUGUUUUUAUCUAUUCUGACAAAUAAAUUUACAAAUUUGAUUUUAACUUAUUAGGAAAUUAGUAUCAACCUAUUCUAAACGAGCCACAAAGUUUGUUUGUUUAAAUACCUAUUAAUAAUAUGCAAAAUGAUUAUCUUAUUGUCAACAAAUAUAAUGUAAUCUAAAGAUAUACAGAAUAGAAAGUAAAAUUUGAAUUUGCCUUAAGUAAUUAAAAUUAAAUAGUAGAAAUAAAAUACAAUUAAAGCAAAGAUAUUUUAAUACUUGCUUUUUCAGACUCUAUUUUAUUCUAUUAAUAAUAUUAAUAUAACAGAAAUAAUAACUUAAUUUCUAAUAUUUACAAGCUUGACAUUAUUUAAUUUUAGCAGUUUAUAACUGACAGUGUUGUUAUUACUUGUGAUUCAAAAAUUUUACAUUUAAAUAUUGAAAAAGGUGUUAUUAUCAAAGAAAUUUAAUAUAAUUCAACAUAAUUAGUCACUUCAUUUACUUUUAAUAGCAAUUAAGAUUUAAUAAUAAUAGGAUUUAGUGAUUGCUAACUGCUUUAAUAUAACUUAAUAAGCUAAGAAUAUUUUUUAUAUAACACCACUUAAUAGGGUCCUUUGUUAACUUAGAUAAUAAAAAUUUAACUGAUUGAAAACUUAGAUAAAUAAUAAUAUGCUUAUGCUAUUUCCAAUGGUGCUCUUUUGAUUAAAAUAGAUAUCCAAAAAAAAAAUGUUAUUUCAUAAAUAGACCUAAGACUUCUAGCCAAUGAAAAUUCUUAAAUAAGAUUGGCACAUUUUUUGAUUGAUUUCACUUAUCAAAGAUAUAUUUUUAGUUUUAGUGGAUAGAAGAAAGCUUACAUAUAUAACUACUCAAACAAUAAACUAGAAUAAAAUUUGAUUUUACCUAAAAUAAAAAUUGAUAGCUUUACUAUAGAACAAGGCUUGAUUUUUAUCUAAUGCUCAUUUUAAAUAAACUUGUUUAUCCUUGACACUAAAAUUGAAUUUUUAACAGCAAUUAAAAAAGAUUUUAUUACAGACAGAAUAACUUCCUUUAAAUUAAUAACAAAAAACGUGAUAGCUAUUUUGUUCCUUGAUAAACUCGAACUCCUCAUGAUAAAAGGUACUAAAUUCAAUAUUUUAGCUUAAUAAAGUUAUGGAUAUCCUCAAUUUUUAAGCUAUAAAUUUGAUUCUCAAAAAAAUAUAGUAAAUAUAUUAUGCUUACAUUAAAAUGGAAUUGUUGAAAAUAAUUACAAUUUAGACAUUUUCAAUAAAGACUCAAUAUCAGGAUGUUCUGCUUUGAUUUCAAGUUAAGAUAAUGAAUUUAUUUAAUAAGAACUAACUUACAUUUCGCCCAAAUAAACAGAGGUUAUAACAGAUACAAUCAUUUAAUUCAAUAGAGCCUUGAUUGGAGGAGGAUUAAGGAUUGUUUAGACUGAUUAAAAUAAAUUAUAAUUACCUCUUUUCUUCCCAUUUUACCAUAAUGUGCUUGAAAAUAUAGCAGAAAUAUACGGAAACGAUAGUGCAUCAUAUCUCUAAAAUAUCAUUAUUAAAAAUAAUAAUUAAAUUAACGAAUAUUUGUUUAAAUUUUAUAAAAAUGUAAUAAAUGCCCCUAAUAAUUUUUAAAAUGAGUAUUAAAGAUAUGCUUAAAUACAAUAAUUUAGAAGUGGUGGUCUUAUUGAUUUCGGAAUAUAUAUUGUUGAUGAGUAAAAUAGAUAUUUAAGCUUCUCAAAAGAAAAGCUAAAAUAAGGCAAUUAUCCAGAAGAUAUAGACUUCGAGCUUAGAAAUUUAUAAAUUUCAAUAAAUUAACUAGAUUCUAAUAAAAACUUAAUAAAUGGAUAGCAAAUUAUUGAUUUUAAUUAAUAUGAUUCUAUAGAUUAAACAUUCUAAUUAAACAAUUUGCAAAUACUAGGACCUCUUAAAUCAGUUCAAUAUUUUUCAAUAAAUUCAACAAUUUAUAGGAGUUCUGUUAAUAAAUUACCUGUUCUUUUAUCAAUUUAAUUUAGAAAAUGCUAAAUCGGGGAGAUUAUUUAAAACAUAAAUACCUUGUAAAUUUGUAAUCAGUGCUUGAAUGGUACUUAUUAGCUAAGUGAUCCAUAAGCACUUUAUCAAUAAUCUUUAUAAGAAAAGAAAGAUAUUAAUAGAUGCUUUAAUUGUCCUGAGUCUGCAAUAAUGUGUUAAGGAAGUACUAUAAAAUUAAAAAAUGGAUACUGGAGGAAAAGCAAUACUACAGAUGAGAUUAUAGCAUGUAAUUCAAUGAUAAACUCAUGUUAAGCUGAAAAUCCUAACAGCAUUAAUUACUGCUCAGACGGUUACAUAGGCCCUAUUUGUGAGUAAUGUGACAUUUUAGGUGAUAACUUUAUUUCAUAUAUGUUUUAGGAGUUUUCAUCAAAAAAUUUAAAUACUCACAAACAUGUUACUAUCUGA